AUGCGCGUCACUCUUCUCUCUUUCGCUCUGUUCUCGACUUCGGUUCUGUGUCAAGAUGCUCAACAUGCGUGGCAAAUGCCAGGAUCCAAUGAUCGCCGCGCCCCGUGUCCCCUCCUUAACAGUCUCGCAAACCACGGCUAUCUCCCCCGAAACGGCCAAAAUAUCUCCGUGGACACCCUGAUCGAAGGCAUGCACACUGGCCUCAACCUUCGGGAGGAUGCGAAACUAUUCUUCCGCCUACAAGGAAACAAAGCCCUCGAGGCAUCAUCGACGGGUAACAAAGACACCUUCCACCUCAAUGACUUGAAUAAGCACGACUUGAUUGAGCAUGACGCAUCAUUGAGCCGAGCGGACAUCUACUUUGGCGAUAAUUGGUCUUUCAACCAGACAAUCUUUGAUGAGACCAAGUCGUACUGGCCUUCGGAGAAGAUUUCCAUCAGCGAUGCUGCCAAGGCACUUGUUGCGAGACAGAAAAGUGCAGAGAAGAUCAACCCGGAGUAUAAGCUGCCGCUCGAUGGAUAUACCAACUCGUUGGGACAGACGGCUAUGUACCUUGGUCUCUUUGGGGACUAUGACGAUGGAAAUGCCAACAGGGCUUGGGUUGAAUACUUUUUUGAAAACGAAAGAUUACCUUUUGAGCUCGGCUGGCAGAGACGUUCCGACGACGACAAGAUCCCGGCUACAGGCAUCCUGGCCCUCACAACAAAGGUGGCAGUUCACUACCUCGCCGCCAAGAUCGGUCUUUGA